UUUUAUUCGGUUUGUUUGGUAAUGUAGAUACAAUUAUUUGGGGAAAGUUAUGUGGCAACAGCGGAACCUUCCUACAAAAUUAAAAUGGAGUCUAGUUUACAAGCAAAACGAUUGUAGACGUUUCUUAGGUGCGUUGCAGAGAAGUGUCUUGUAUUUUGCGCGUUUGCGGCGUAAUGUAAAGGCGAGCCAGCCUAAAAAGGUGUCGAACAGAUAGAGAAUUGCACGUGUCAUCCAUUGUAGCUGCACGAUGAUGUCGUCAGUGAGCGAGGUGGUGCAAGCGGUUAAACCGCCUCCACCCAAAACAACCCAAUCGAACAACAACAAGAGCCUCAACAACAACUCGAAGCGGAAGUUCAAGCACGACCGCGGCGGAAGGAAGCGGUCUAAAAGUUUCAGCGGCUGCGGCAUCAUCAUCAACCACAAGCCUGUCUUGCCCACGAAGUUCCUGCUCGGCGGGAACAUCAACGACCCCCUGAACCUCAACAGUCUGCAGGACGAGGAGAUCAACAGGGCCAUGAACGCCGUAACCCCGAAGUCUUCGCCUAUACCAACCCCGCCGAGGAGGAAGGGGCAGAUCGAGGUUAUAAUCCCGGCGAACAUAAACGAUCCUUUGAGUUUGAUCGACUGCGCCGAUGAUGCCGAGUACGAACAGCAAUUGGCUUCGCCGAUCAAAAAGGGCCGGAAGAAGCGGUUGAAGAAGAAGAGGACCGUAUCCACUGCAAGCGAGACUCAAGAAGAAGAUCCCAACGCGAACUCAAAUUCGGCUAAAACUCCGGAAAACUCGUCUGAUUCGGCGAAAAUCCCGGAAAUUCCCAAGGUGGAAAUCACCACAGAUACGGAACAGUUAAAGAAAGACUUGAGCAUAGAGCUGCUGUCGCCGAAGAAGGACAAGAAGCGGAAGUCGGAGGAGUUCGGGCACGUGGCGAAGAAGUUCAAGCAUUCCAUGGACAAGAUCGUCAGUCCGGUGGUUCCGCAGCCCGGGGCCUGGCUGAAGAGGAUGAAUUCCAGGGGAGACAAGCCGAGGCACAACAAGCCCGUGAACGAAGAGCUGCCUCUCUUCAAAGAGAAGAACAAGCAGUUUCAGUACGGGAACUACAACAGAUAUUACGGCUACAGGAACCAAAACAGCGAAGACCACCGGCUGAAAGUGUUCCACUACCACAAAAAUCUGUUUGAGAGCAAAGAUAUCCUGGACAUUGGCUGCAACAUCGGCCACGUUACCCUCUCUGUGGCCAGGGACCUCCAAGCCAAGUCCAUUACUGGCAUCGACAUCGACGACAAGUUGAUCGGUAUCGCGAGGAAAAAUAUCAAACACUACGUGGCCAAAAAUUACCAACAAACAGAUAACAGUAGUGAGUUUUUUCCUAUAAGUAUGCCUAUAUUAUAUGGGGCAAUUGACAUUCCAGGAUUCGGCGACCACAAGGGAGAAGCUUUCCCUAAUAAUGUCACUUUUAAACACUGUAAUUACGUACUGGACGACGACGCGUUGAUAGCGCUGGAGCAGCCGCAGUUCGAUCUCAUUUUGUGUCUGAGCAUCACAAAGUGGAUACACUUGAAUUUCGGCGACGCGGGUAUCAAGCAAGCGUUCCGACGGAUGUACGCGCAGCUGCGACCCGGCGGGAAGCUGAUCCUGGAGCCGCAGAACUGGUCGAGCUACAAAAGCAAAAAAAAGCUGACGCCGGUAAUCUUCAAAAACUACAACUCGAUAGAAUUCUUCCCGGAAAAGUUCACGGAGUACCUUCUCUCUCCGGCCGUGGGCUUCGCUAAGAGCGAAAUACUGGGCUUUCCCAGCCACCACUCGAAGGGUUUCCGCAGGCCCAUCCAGGUGUACACUAAGAGCACCAUGUUCCCGAGCGAGCGCGUCGAGGCGACCCCUAGCGGCAUCACCCCGAACGCGCCGUCGGUCUACGCCGACUACCUUUUGAAGACUGAAAAGUGCGAAUCUCGCCUGCACCCGGUGCCGGUCGAGGGCAUCGACCACAUUUACACCAACAUUUUUAACAGAUAUUGCGGGUGUUCGGAAGAUAACAUCAAAGUAAACGAAGAAUUGAGCGAUUGUUUGGAAAAACCUGAGGAAAAAAGUGAAGCAACUACUAGUCAAAGUCCAUCGGUGGGGUCCUCGAACAACACACCAAACACCCCUCGAACAGAAGGCAGUGAAAGUGAAAAACUGCAAGACAACACUUAAUAAAAGAAACAUUUUAACCCUGAACAUUUUUGUAAAUAUUGUUAUUGCUUUACCAAGUUUUUUGCUUAAUGUACAUAUAAAAUCUAUGUAUGUUGCAACGUUUUCGUUGAAUUUUUUAUCAAACACAAACUAUUUUAAGGUAAAACCACAUAAAACUGGCCCUUGAAACGAUUUUUAAGUGUAGUGAAAACACCAUGAAUUAAUACAAAAAGUAAUAUUUUGUAAUUGUAGACUACAAGUCAGUAGGAAAAUUGUAAUUGACUAAACCCAGGAAGAAGCUUUAACUUUUGAGAACUUUUGCUUUUUACUACCCAUGUAGUUUUAAAAAUACAUGUGUUUAAUAAAAA